UGAUGUCAUAAACAGUUGAGACACGUAAAAGCAGACAGUUGACUUCUCUGUUAACUUCAACAGACAUUGACACAAUGGCACAGACACACACGGUCGGAGGAUACGGUCAGACAGCAGACGCCACUAAGGAAACUCAGGAUCUUUGUCAUCAGGUGAAGACCCAGGUGGAGAAAAAGACAGGAGCAAAUUAUGUGGAAUACAAAGCAGUUAAAUACAGGAGUCAAGUUGUGGCAGGAACAAACUUCCUCAUCAAGGUUCAUGUUGGAGGAGAGGACUACAUUCAUCUGAUAAUCUUCCAAGAUCUCGGAGAAGAGUUUUUCCUGCAUGAUGUACUGGAGAAUCAGACCAAAAUCAGCCCCCUCCAACCUUUUUAGAAACUGAUCCCAGAACCAGUGUCAACAGUAAAAUACUUAAAGGCUGCAGUCUCUUGUUAAAAUCUUCUGCUUCUUUAUUCUGAAAUGAUUUAACAUUGAUUUUGAAUGUUUUAACGCUGACAGAUGAAGAUAUUUGGUGGAAUGCACUGUCCUUUAAAACCAAAUAAAUAUUC